AUGACAAUUAAAUCUCAAAGUGAGUCACUUGUAUCCCUCUCAGAGAUAUCUAUCCAGAGAGAGAGAUAUCUAUCUAUCAGAGAGAGAGAGAGAGAGAGAUCUAUCCAGAGAGAGAGAUCAGAGAGAGAGAGAUAUCUAUCCAGAUAUCUAUCCAGAGAGAGAGAGAUAUCUAUCCAGAGAGAGAUAUCUAUCCAGAGAGAGAGAGAUAUCUAUCCAGAGAUAUCUAUCUAUCAGAGAGAGAUAUCUAUCAGAGAGAGAGAUAUCUAUCCAGAGAGAGAGAGAUAUCUAUCCAGAGAGAGAGAGAUAUCUAUCCAGAGAGAGAGAUAUCUAUCCAGAGAGAGAUAUCUAUCCAGAGAGAGAGAUAUCUAUCCAGAGAGAGAGAUAUCUAUCCAGAGAGAGAGAGAGAUAUCUAUCAGAGAGAGAGAUCCAGAGAGAGAGAUCCAGAGAGAUAUCUAUCCAGAGAGAGAGAGAUAUCUAUCCAGAGAGAGAGAGAUAUCUAUCCAGAGAGAGAGAGAGAGAGAGAGAGAGAUAUCUAUCAGAGAGAGAUCCAGAGAGAGAGAGAGAGAGAGAGAGAUAUCUAUCCAGAGAGAGAGAUCUAUCAGAGAGAGAGAGAGAGAGAGAUAUCUAUCCAGAGAGAGAGAGAUAUCUAUCCAGAGAGAGAGAGAUCUAUCAUCCAGAGAUCUAUCUAUCCAGAGAGAGAGAGAGAUAUCUAUCCAGAGAGAGAGAUAUCUAUCCAGAGAGAGAGAGAUAUCUAUCCAGAGAGAGAGAUCAUAUCAGAGAGAGAGAUAUCUAUCCAGAGAGAGAGAGAGAGAGAGAGAGAGAGAGAGAUAUCUAUCCAGAGAGAGAGAGAUAUCUAUCCAGAGAGAGAGAGAUAUCUAUCCAGAGAGAGAGAGAUAUCUAUCCAGAGAGAGAGAGAUAUCUAUCCAGAGAGAGAGAUAUCUAUCCAGAGAGAGAGAGAUAUCUAUCCAGAGAGAGAGAGAUAUCUAUCCAGAGAGAGAGAGAUAUCUAUCCAGAGAGAGAGAGAUAUCUAUCCAGAGAGAGAGAGAUAUCUAUCCAGAGAGAGAGAGAUAUCUAUCCAGAGAGAGAGAGAGAUAUCUAUCCAGAGAGAGAGAGAGAUAUCUAUCCAGAGAGAGAGAGAGAGAUAUCUAUCCAGAGAGAGAGAGAGAGAUAUCUAUCCAGAGAGAGAGAGAGAGAUAUCUAUCCAGAGAGAGAGAGAGAGAGAGAGAUAUCUAUCAGAGAGAGAGAGAGAGAGAGAGAUAUCUAUCAGAGAGAGAGAGAUAG